UCCCGUUAUACAGGCUGCCUGCCCCUCUCAGCGCCUUUAUCCUCCACUGCGCCUUUUCCAUCACUUGCCUGAGACUAGAGGGCGCCGAGGAAAACCCCGACUAGUUGUAGAGUGGGUGGUAAGUCCCCACAGAGUGCCCUGAGGGGGGAGAAGCUAGUGCGGGGAGUGGGACCACUAAACAAGGGGGAGAAGUUGGCCGAGCGCACUGCACGGCAGAGGAGCAGAGAUGUCCGUGUCUGGACCGCAGAACGGAGUGCUGGAGGACAAAGACAACCUCAUAGAACUCUUCGUCAAGGCCGGCAGUGAUGGAGAGAGCAUCGGGAAUUGCCCCUUCUCACAGAGACUGUUUAUGAUCUUGUGGCUGAAAGGAGUCGUGUUCAAUGUGACGACAGUUGACUUAAAGAGAAAACCAGCAGAUUUACAAAAUCUUGCACCUGGAACACACCCGCCAUUUAUAACCUACAACCAUGAAGUAAAGACUGAUGUGAAUAAGAUCGAAGAGUUUUUGGAAGAAGUGCUCUGCCCUCCAAAGUACCGCAAGUUGGCAGCAAAGCACCCCGAAUCUAACACAGCUGGCAUGGACAUUUUUGCAAAGUUUUCCGCAUACAUCAAGAAUUCCCGGCCUGAUGCCAAUGAAGCUCUAGAAAGAGGGUUGCUGAAAACUCUGCAGAAGCUUGAUGAGUACCUGAACUCGCCCUUACCUGAUGAAAUCGAUGAGAAUAGUAUUGAAGAUGUUGCAGUUUCUAACCGGAAAUUCUUAGAUGGCGAUGACAUGACUUUAGCGGAUUGCAACCUCUUGCCAAAGCUUCAUAUAGUAAAGGUGGUGACCAAAAAAUACAGAGACUUCGAUAUCCCUAAAUUAAUGACUGGGAUCUGGAGAUAUCUGAGCAGCGCAUACAGCAGAGACGAAUUCAUCAACACUUGUCCAUGUGACCGAGAGAUAGAAAUUGCAUAUGCAGAUGUAGCCAAAAGGCUCACCAAGUGAACUGUGCUUUCUAACCAAACGGGGCCUUAAUCCACAAGUUUUUUUUAGUAGAGUCUCAUGGGAAAAAAUAUUCCUGCCCCCCUCAAAAAAAAAAAAAAAAAAAUAUAAUUUUGUUUUCUGAAAUUUAAUAACGGUGCAAAACAAUGCCCGAAGUAAGCGGUAUAAAUCUACUUUUUCAUUUAUUUCCCAUUUAGUGCAAAAUGUAUUUGUUGUGAUCUGAGUUAUUAGGUUGCAAAAAUUAAAACUGGUUGCCAACUAUAGUACGGAACUAAUGCAGCCCCCUUAAAAGGGUUGUCUCCUUUGGAUAAUUAUGGCAUGUUCACAACGCCUAAUUGGCUAUUUUAGGAAUUCCCUUAGAAGCGAAUGCAGAGAGCCACGCAUGUGCGGUUACCUCUCCAUUCAAAGCGGUGCGAGGCGUAGAUAGGAGUGGGUGGUCGAGAUGGAACCCGCACCUGUCAAGCAUUUGUCACUUGUGGAUUCGCCAUUAAUGGUCAGAUGGAAAUACCCCUUUAAUACUUUCAAAGGCUCUUGAUUCAAAGUGACCUAGUUAGGGUUACUCUAUAUAUUUCUGUGCAAUCCUCUAGCCCUCAGUCACUAACCGUCUAUACAGAUGAGUUUCUGUGCCAUACUAGUUCUCAUCUUUUACAUCCUUUUAUUAGUAACAAUGUGCCAUCAUGACAUAGUAAUAUCUAAACCUCAGAUAUUGGAUUUUGUGCAACUAGAAAUAUAUUUAUCCCUUUAAGUAAGAGUAUAUAUUGUUUCAUAUUGUACAGUUUAUAAAGAUAUAAUAUUUUAGGUUUGCAAUAAUUAAGGCCACCAUAAUGAAGAUCUUGUAUACCCAUGACCUGAUGUGGCAACAGGUCUCAAAAUAUUCUCCCUUAAAGGGGUUAUCCCAUAACUACAACUUAUCCCCUAUCCACAGGAUCCUGGGGAUCUGACUGCUGGGUCCCCUGCCAAUCACUAGAAUAGGUGCUUGUGUUUCCCUGAUUUAAAACGGCACCACACAUGCAAGUGUGUCCACCCGUCCACCCCCCCCCCCCCCCCCGCCUAUCAAGUUUAAGUAACAGCGUAUAUAGACAAGUGCUUGUACUUGGCUAUCUCAGGCAGUCCCAUAUAGUUGAAUGGAGGAGUGGACACACUUGCAUGUGUGGUGCUGCUUUCAGACGGGAAACACACUGCCCCAUUCUAGUGAUUGGUAGAGGCUCCAGCAGUUGGGCCCCCCCCCCCCCCCCCCUCCCGAUUAGUCACUUAUCCCCUAUUCUGUGGAUAGGGGAGAAGUUGUUAUAGGACAACCUUUUUAAAUGUUGCUGAGCUGCAUUACCAGGUGCAGCCACAUGAAAAUGUGUUCUUUUAAUGGGACUUUACAGCGGAACUGUCAUGAACAAGUAGCCACUUGUCCCACUGAAAUCCACACUCUAGCAGCUAGUUUGUGGUAACGCCACUGCAUAUGGGGUUGGAUGAGGAGUAGUGGAAAGUAUUCUUGGUAUAUUCCCAGUUUUAAUCCUGCAUCUACAGAACCAAAACGCCAGCUACUUGGCUAUAGUUGGCCAGACUUUCAUUUGAUUGAGCUGUUAGACCAUUUUCAUGAACGUUUGAUGGAUACCUUGGGUUUUGACCAAAAAUUCAUAUCCCUGAUCAAAAAAAACAAAAGGAGAUUUAAUUUAGAAAGUGUAGAAGAUGCAGUCUUUGAUAGUAGAGCCUCCAUAUGUACCCUUAUUGAUGGAGCUGAUGACACCAAAAUGCCAAGAUAAUUGACACUCCAUCUGGGUGACUGCCUACUGCCUGUAUGGAGAAAUGGAAAGUAGAGGAUCCAAUACAUAAAGCUUUAGAUGCAGCUACACAGCACAUGUAAUGUGUUAUCAUGCUGACAAAUCUCCUCACCAGAAUGGUUUGUUAUCCUGGAUUCAGGGGAGGUGUGUAUAUUGGUAUCAGUGGGGGUUACAGAAUCUACCGAAUAAGACAAUUUGGCUCUUUCCAUAAAUCUCAUUUAUUUCAAUCAAGACUGAUCUCUCAAGAGUGGUCCACCUCAACUCGGGGCAAAAACUGGUGGUUUGUCUUGGAUCCGUUGGGGGGGAGCCUUUUGACCAGGCCUUCAACAAUUUUUUGUAUUUUAUAUAAUCUCCCAUUGCCAUGGGUUAAAUAUAUAUCAGUGCUUGUCCAUAAAGAACACGUGUGUAGAGAUGUUUUAUGCUUGAAAUUAUUUUCCCUCUAUGACAAAUCAAAAUAACUGAAUAAUUGUAAUUUUCCUAAGCAGAUUAAUCUAUACGCUACCAACCAACGAGGAUCAGCAGAGAAUGUUUUUACGCAGGUCUGAUGCAAUAGAUUUCUACUGUAGAUGAGCAGACUAUUGGCACGAACACUCAUUAUUGGUUGCAUCAUCCAAAUAAUAUGCAAGUCUUUGGCCAUAUCUAGCAGUAGGUACUAAACCUCCAGUCUAGUUAAUGCGAACCUGUCGCCAUGAAAAUGCAGUACAGUCUGCAGACAGCAUGUUAUAGAGCAGUAGUAGCUGAGCAGGUUGAUGUAUAGUUCUAUGGGAAAAGAUGCAGUAAAAUUUAUAUAUUUAAUCCUGUUGUGUUUUUUUUUUUUUUUGUUUGUUUUUUUUGUGUUUAAUGCACAGGGGUCAUGUGACAGUCCUACUCGGUGAUUGACAGCCUGCCCUGUAUGUGUUGUCACGCAAAAUUAGCUGUUAAUCGCUGAUAAGGCCACCCAUAUGACUCCUAUGCAUAAAAAGGGUAUAGGUAUAUUUCAUCUAUUUAAUUUAAUGCUUGUGUGUGUUGCUAAAAGAUAUCGACAGUAUCCCCCAUAAUGGUGACCUCUACAGCACCCGCCCCUUUAACAGUAAACUCCACAGUUCCCUACCCU